UCCCUUCCAGACGGUGUCAGAUUAACAAACCGUCACCAACAGCAGCAGCCGGCGUGAUUCCAAAGAAGUGGAGUCAAGUUUCAGCACACCAGUCUCUGUCGGGUGGUGGUGCAGGAUGGCACGGGUACGAUUUGUGGUGUUCAUUGUUCCUGUAACGGUACUGCUGCUGCUGGUCAGCCGUGGACCGGAUCCGGUGGCCGGAGAUUUCAUUGAGAACCUCACGAAUGGAGUCCGGAUGGCUGGAAAACUGUUCGGCAUUGAUACAAUAUCGGACGUGGCGGAUUUGGUGGCGAAGGGAUUCUCGAGUCAGAGUUUUUCCACGAAACCGGAAACCGGCAGUCCGGCGCAGCAACAGGCUGCCAAUAUGAUGUCACUGAUGUGGAAGAUGCUCGGCAUGGAUGGUAGUAAGCUGGGGGCGCUUGUCAUGAAUGCGAUUAUAUUUGUGGCACACGUGAUUGCAACAAAUUUGGGAACAUUCAGAAAACCGGAAUUCAACCAAAUUUCCAAAGAAGAUCCACCGAAACCCAACGAUUCCAGUAUUUUACAAUCCGAAUCUCCGUUGAACUGGAUGUUGAAUAAUCCGUCGAAACAGUUCCGUUCCAUGUUGGAUCCGAUCCGCGAAAGAAACAUCACCGACUUUCUCGAGUCGGAUUUGGCAGAUCUUGAGCAAACGGCACCCGAAGAUACGGACUGCAUCAAACUUUUGUUGUGCAAAAUCAAUCCCUUUUUAUGGAAAAUGCAAGAAGUAGUUCGAAACCGUUUAGCUACAACUGACGGAAAUUCUGAGCCGACGGAGAAGCCGGAAAAUAUCGCACAGAUCAUUCACAAGAGUGUUCCCAAGCUGAACGAAUUCGAAGCCAACGGGGUACGAUGUGAGGCACGGUUUAAACAAUGUGUGCGUGUUUUUGGUCGAAAAUAGUUUUGCACCGCAGUUUACAAGUUAAAUUGUUUUCAUUGUUUUGUCAUGUUGGUGGCAUUUAAGGUGUUUAGUCUUUCGAGAAGCCUCAUGGCAAAAGGCUUGAUUCGAGAUGAAUUGAAGGUCUUCUGAAAGUAUACAUCAUGUGGAGUAAUAAAAAGAAGUUGAAUGACUAUUGCACCAGCAAGAUCAUAACAUUAUUUUUUCAGGUGACAUUUGCAUGCCUCGACCUAUUUUGAUUUAAUAAUUUGUUAUUGUGGUACGGUCGAAGAGAUGUUUGAGCAAGUGGAACAAGUGAAUUCAGCAAUGACCUAUGUGGGAUAUGGGUAGUAGAAAGAAGGUUGAUAACAA